UUUCAUUGGAAGAGAAAGUCGAAGAUAUUUUAGCGCAGUUUUUAUUCUCAAAUCAGUGUCUCUUUUAACCCCAAUAGAAAAAUCUCAACUCUCUGACAAUGGCUUCCUUUAACAAAGGUCCUGCCUACGGAUUAUCUGCGGAGGUCAAAAACAAGAUCGCACAGAAGUAUGACCCUCAGAAAGAAGAGGAGCUGAGGAUCUGGAUUGAAGACAUCACUGGUUCCUCCAUUGGCCCCGACUUCCAGAAAGGCCUGAAGAAUGGAGUCAUUCUGUGCGAACUUAUCAACAAACUUCAACCAUGCUCAGUGAAAAAGAUCAACCAGUCGGCGCUGAACUGGCAUCAGCUGGAGAACCUGACAAACUUCAUCAAAGCCAUCACUACAUACGGCCUGAAGCCUCAUGAUAUCUUCGAAGCCAACGACCUGUUUGAAAGUGGCAACAUGACGCAGGUUCAGACAACACUGCUUGCACUGGCUAGCAUGGCCAAGACCAAGGGCUGCCAGUCACGGGUGGACAUCGGGGUGAAGUACGCUGACAAGCAGGAGAGGAUGUUUGAUGAUGAGAAGAUGAAGGCUGGACAGUGCGUCAUUGGCCUACAGAUGGGGACCAACAAGUGUGCCAGUCAGGCAGGUAUGAAUGCAUAUGGUACCAGGAGACACUUAUAUGACCCCAAAGUUCAAAUCCAGCCCCCCAUGGACAACACAACCAUCAGUCUGCAAAUGGGAACCAACAAGGGGGCAAGCCAGGCUGGGAUGACGGCUCCAGGCACAAGGCGUGCCAUCUAUGACCAGAAGCUGGGCACAGACAAAUGUGACAACAGCACCAUGUCCCUCCAGAUGGGCUACAGCCAGGGAGCCAACCAGAGCGGCCAGAACUUUGGCCUGGGACGGCAGAUUUAUGACGCCAAGUACUGUCCUAAAGCUGGAGAAGUUGCAGGUGAUCAAAAUGGGGCAGGGGGCGCCCGUGACUACAUCCCAGAUUACCAAGACGAGGGUUACCAAGGUUACCAGGAAGAAGAGCAGGUGUACCAAGAAGACGGAACAGAUUAUUAGGAGGAAGGAGAGAGCUGAGGAAGGGAAAGAGAGAUCGUAUAAAGCAGGAAUGUUCUGCAAGAAGACCUCAAGGCAGGCGGUUUAUUUUUAUAUCCAUAGGAUGUUGCACCUUGUCUCGGUCAUAUCCUUUUAGUAUUGUAUGAAAUUGUUUUCUUAGCCCCAUUUGUUCAAGACCAAUGUUACACAUAUCACGAACUGUAUUUUUUAUUUUUUAUUUUUUUAUUUUAUUUUAUUUUAUUUUUUUUAAAUAUUUAAAGUGACCACAAAAACCAAUCCUUUUGGUUUAGCUAGUUUUCUAUUCCAGGGAUUUUUUUUAAGUGCCAAAGCCCCACUAGCCGCUUUUUUUUUUUCUUUCUAAUGUUUUUGCUGACUCAGUUACAUUAAGGGAGAUCCCUAGGUUUUCAUAAGGGCAAUAUGAAACUAAAAGUGAAACAUUAGGGAGUUUUUUUUUUUUUUUUUAUAAACAGUUUGUUGGAAACGCAUGUUAUUUUGAUCAAAACAACCAUGCUUGUGCUUAUCUAUAGUAGCUGCAUUGUCUGUGUAAACAUCAAUUUGUUUCUGUAAUACCUGUGAAUGAGAAUGUACAUUUGUUUGUGUUUUUACUACUUCAGUAUCUAUUUCAUCCCUUCAGUAUUGGUUAUUGACAUAUGCAGUAGUAAACCAUUUAUAAUUCAGACAGAUGAGGGAAUAAAAACUUUUUUUUUUCCCUUUUAGAACAAACCAGUCUUAUCAUCUUAUACUCUCUUUUCUCUCACUCAUUUCAGUUUGUUUUUUUUUU